UGGUGUAUUGAUAUUACAGGAAUUCAGCAGCUUUAAUAAAAUGGGAGAUUUCGAAGGACGAAAUCCAGGAGAAUCCCUGGAGAGCUUCAUAGACAGAGUGGUAAACCCGGAUUCAACCUACGUUACUCAAACAAAGAAGGUGAUUCACACUGUGGCAGAUUUGAUGAGAUCAAAAACUGUGGACCACAAAGUAGGCUCUACAGUUAAGGGUGGAUCACUUGGAAAGGGAACAGCUGUGAAAGGUCGUUCGGAUGCAGAUUUAUUAUUUGUUUACGCAGACAUACCAUCGAUAGAUGCACUCCGGACCACGUUACCAAAAUUACUGAGAGAACUACAGUCUGCACUUGCACUCUCAAAACAUAAGGUGACUUCUGUUAAACGAACACCGUUCACAAUACAGUUUGAAAUUGAAGUUGAUAAACAGCUCAACGAAGUGGAUGUUCUUCCUAUUAUUCAACUAGAUAUUGGAGAUUGGUCAAAGGCAAAGAUGAAUCCUAUAUACCAGAAAAUGAAGACAAAUGAAGAACUCAGAGAAUACUACUUCAAAUGUCUAGCCCCAUUGCAAGUGGAGUUCGUUAGCAAAAGGGACGAAAAAAUAAAGAGAUCAAUACGACUUUUGAAGUAUUGGAUAAAAACUCGCAAGCAUGUGUUGAAGUCGUAUGCGGCAGAACUGUUGGUAAUAAAGGCAUAUGAAGAAAUGGGCUCUCCACCAGUUGGUGCAAUGAAGACACUCGAUUUGAUGAAAACCGUGUUUACGAAACUUUCAGACCUUAAAAACUUGAAAGUGUCCUGGGAUAAAUAUUAUACACCAUCAAGUUAUUAUCAACCGUCCCCGCCGUACAUACUUGAUCCAGCCUUUCCAUAUCAUAAUCUAACCAGGCAGAAAUCGGGCAUUGAUGAAAAAUACGUCCAUCUUGAAAGAGAUGCUAAAAAAUUCUUAGCAAAUUUGAAAUAAAAACUAAUUGUAAUGCUUUCAUGUGUAUGUGAAUUCUGUGAAUACUCUUUUGGUUACCAAACGCUAAAUGUGCAAUAUGGCAUAACAUUGACGCUGAGUUUCACGAAAACAUAUCAAGUGCUAUGGAGAAUGUAUUUGUCUUUUCAACUUUUAAUAAAACACACCUGUGAGGUAAA